GUCCUAAAGUCCUGUCUGAGGACGCACUUCACAUUUGACGGAACAAGCUACGAGCAGGUGAAGGGGACACCAAUGGGUUUACAGAUUUCUGGAAUCGUGGAGGAGGCUGUCCUUCAACGGCUGAAGUCGCUGGUCCUCUAG